AUGCUAAUGCUGGCUGAUAUAUACAACACGGGACGAUGGAAUGAGGUGUUCUGUGACCUUGAUGCGUUUGUUGAUUUUUUUCCUUAUACUGAACCAUUCAACGUUACUGCUAUUCAAACUAAAAUGUGCACCCUCAAUGUAACGCAGUUCUUUGACUUGGUCGGGAGUGAUGUAGGAAUUGAUGUCUUAGAGAUGGAAAAAUGGGACACUGGAAAUAUGACGGAAAUGAUGGAUCUAUUAAAACGAUACAAUGAGGCACUACAGAACUAUAAUGUUGAUAUGAUGAUUGAGUUGUUUAGCAGUUUAGAUUCUAUGCUUAGUAAUGAUGGUAUGUGGGGAAACUUUAAAGGUUACAUGGACUCCAUUGCAACUAUAGCAGAAUGGUUCAACAAUAGAGUGGACGAGCUUGAAGGGUUUAAUUUCAACUUGACAAACCUGUUGAAAAACAAAACUGCUACGUUUGAGACUCUAACAAGUAUGAUGUCCCCAGAGACAGCUGAGGUGUUCAGAAAAGCUUUGAUUAAUCCUUCCAAUUUUAUGCAAUUUAUGAAUAUAAAUCAGUUCCAAGCUAAUGUGUGUGAUCAACAAUGGUUCAACUACGUUCUCCAAUUCCCGUCUGACGUGAGUGAGGAUGAGAUUGCCUCACUACAGGAGACUUUGUGCAAUAUUGCAAAGAAUGAAACUGCAUUUAAUGAGCUAACGUAUGCAUUCUUUGAGCAGUUUGAUCUGUUGUCGUUUUAUAAUGAGAUUGCAGCUAUGAUGAGUGGUAAUAUAGGCACUGAUUUCAUCGCAUGGACAGCAUUGGUAGAAGAACUACAGGAAGCAAUGGACAAGAUCAACAUGAUUCUUGAAAAGGAUUUAUUCAAGUAUGGUAACCAUUCAAAUCCUUGGGAUAUGAACACAUCCUUUAUGGAUAACUUUGUGCGUUCACUGAGAGAAAUUCUUGUAUUUAUGUCUCCGGAUGGAUUCCAGAACGCUACCUCCCCUAUGUGCAAUAUGGUGAUGCCUUGGAUCGGCAAUACUACUAUGUGGAUGGAAUAUGUGGAGCCAAAACUGAUUCGUGAUGCACACUUCAUGCGAAUAAUAAAUGAGAACAUUGUAACAAUGGAAGAGAACAUUUUAGAAUCAAUUGCUCUACAAGACAAUAUGACAAUGACGAUUCAGUUUGCAAUGGAAACGGUCAUCGUGCUGCCGGGAAUGAUUGACGCAUCUAUCCAGAUUAUGAGUGAUCCAAGGAUGUUACAGCUGUAUAUGAAUGCCAGUAUGCAGCUCAUUGAUAUGGGAGAGGAUGCUGCAGCAUUAAUUGUGUGUGACAAACUAAGUCUGAAUAUGAUGAUAGGAGCCCCCAGUAAUCUUAAUGUGUCUGCCAUCUCAACUGUAUUAUGUGGCAUGCAGAGAAUUCGUUCCACUGAGUUGAUGAAACAAUCAAUGGAGAUAAUGGGUAUACAGUCAAUGUUUGAGGAGAUGAUGUACAUCUCCUUUGCACCAAUAGAAGAGCUUGGAUCGUUUAACUGCGAAGAAUAUGCAAAUAGUAUGCUUGAAAUGCAAAUCAAUAUGAAUGAUUUUGUUACUAGCAUUAUGAGUGGGAACCUUACCAGUGCCGUUUUCAAUAUGCCUCUACUGAAUUUGGUUGAUAUAGCAACAGACCUCAUGACUAAAGUUUCGCCAGAUGAAUUGCAGAGUGUUGCCGAAAUGUUGACGCUUUUUGCCCCGUUAUUUGACAACGAAACCCUGGCUUUGUUAGAAAACAUGGAUGCAAUCAUGCCUUAUAUGGGUAUGAUACAGAGGUGGAUGGAUGAGAGGAUCAGGAACCAAACUGUAUCGAGCCUUCCUAUUAGUUUCAAAGACGUAUUUAUUAACUCCAGUGCAGUGGAGCAGUACCUGAGGGAGGUACUGGAGUUGGACACAUAUUUGUUAAAAGUUAUCAUGAAUUCAUCCCUGAAUACCGACGCUUUACUGAAUAUGAUUGGCUAUGAUCUCAUGGAAUAUGAAGAGUACACAUGUCAAAGCGCACUGGAUGAUCUAAUCCUCUUCCCACCUGCAGUCAAUGUUACAAGGGCCCUUAAUGACCUCUGUAUGCUGAAUAUAUCGUCUGUGAUGUUUGAUUUGAGAACGUAUAUCGACUGCCACAGCUUGUACUCGAGGUUUGUGCAAUGA